ACCCGAUGCUGAUCGAGAGUGGUCGUGGCGUCGUCCGCCUCCUCCUCGGACAAGAGCGAACCACGCCCCUCAAAGAGGCACUGGCCCCAGGAGACACCGUUGUUAGGGCGUCGUCCGCCUCCUCCUCCUCCUCCUCUUCCUCUUCCUCCUCCUCCUCAUCAUCAUCCUCUUCCUCUUCGGUAGAUUCUGGCUCCUCGGGCCAGGCCGACCUGGCUAGAGUCCGUUUGAGCCAUGUCGAGGAGGAUGACGACGAGGCGGACGGCAUGAAGAAGUUCCUUCGAGAAGGACCUGCCGAGCAACUCGGGUCAGCCGGCGGGGCUCCGGCCGACGCGACAGAUCUCGACUGGCUUCGCCGUUUUCCCAGACUCAAGUUGACCGCAACUUCACUCAAAAAGGGUGCGUACCAAUUCAGUCGGGCUCACCGGCCUGUUGGUGGGCAAGUGGGAUUUCCGGCGAACAAACGUCGCGAACUGUACCACACUCUUCCUAUAGGACACUCUACCCCUCAUGAAUGGGCUCUUCGGCUAAAGGCCGGAGAUUUGGGCUCAAAGAAUGAUAUUCUGCUUUUAAUGGAGUGUCCGUCGCUCGGGGCACGAAAGCUUAGCACGUUUUCGCCGGAAUCGAAAGAGAUGGCCCCGAAAACAGCCGCAACUAGAAGUUCCAACGACGACAAGCGAUAG